AUGAAGAAGACGGCUUCAAAGUUACACAAGCAAGCUGAAUCAGAGCAAGACAUUGAGACUUUGAAGAAGACUCUUGGUGAGAUUGAAGCCGAGAAGGAAGUUGUUCUUCUUCGGUACCAACAAACCUUGGAGAAGGAACAUAAGAAUGCCGGUGGGCUUGAUGAAAGAGCAACCAGAGCUGAAAUCGAGAUUAAGAUCCUGAAGGAAACACUUGCCAAGUUAGAAGCUGUGAGAGAUGUUGGGUUGCUUCAGUACAACCAGUGCUUAGGAAACAUAUCAAGCAUGGAGAAUAUGAUAUCUCAGACUCAGGAGCACGCUAAGGGGCUCAAUGACAGGGCAAUGAAAGCCGAAACAGAAGCACAGAGACUUAAACGAGAUCUUUCCGGAUUGGAGUUCGAGAAGGAAGCUCGUCUUUUGCAGUACAACCAAUGUCUUGAAUUGAUAUCUCUCCUGGAGAAAAGAAUUUCACUAGCUGAGGAAAAUGCCAGGAUGCUUAACGAGCAAGCUGAGAAAGCUGAAACUGAAGUUAAUUCACUGAGGCAAGCUGUUGAUGAACUGAAGAAAGAGAAAGAAGCUGUUGAGCUAAGAUAUGAGCAGUGCCUUGAGAAAAUAGCCAUGAUGGAGAAUAAAAUAUCUCGAGCACAAGAGGAUGUUAAGCGACUGAACAGUGAAGUGGUGAUGGGUGCUGCGAAACUUAAAGUUGCAGAAGAACAUUGUUUUCUGUUGGAGAAGUCAAAUCGGUCUCUGCAGUUAGAGGCUGAAAAUUUGGUCCAAAGGAUAGCAAUAAAGGAUCAAGAACUCUUGACCAAGGAAAUUGAAUUGGACAAGCUUCAUACUUUACUGGAAGAGAAGAACUCACAGUUUGCCCAGAUUGAAGCCAACUUGCAAACUUUGCAAAAGUUGCACUCACAGUCACUAGAAGAGUAG